AUGUCGUGGGUAGUUGAACAAAGUGAAAAUACAUCUGCUGUUCAUGUUAAUGGUGAUACUAUUACAUGUACACAAGAUGAAUAUUAUGGUAGUCCAAUAAAUGUUAUGUACAAAGAUCCAGCUAAUCAAAAUGGACAAUACUUUUGGCAAGUGGAAUUUCAACAGGUGCAAGAAAAUGGAGGUAUGUCUGUUGGUUUGACAACAGACGAUGGUUUUAAAAGUGGAUGGGGACUCAAAGCUAUGAAAUAUUUAGGUAAUUUAUCUGAUGGUGGUGCACUCUUGGUAUCAGCAUUUGGUGAUCAAAUAAAACAAAAUGAUAAAGUUGGCAUAUUAUUGCAAUUAACUAAUGCAGAUUUAAAAAUGUAUAUCUUUCAUAAUGAACGACCAUUAGGUUUAGCAUUUCAUAUUCCAUCACCAUAUCCAAAACCAUUGUAUCCUGUUGUGAGCUUCAAUUCAAAUGGUAAAGCUAAGAUCAGUCGUGCACAGCAAAUACCUACAUCAUUAGAACGUUCAUCAUUACAGUUUACUGGUGCUGAUGGUAAUUGGAAAAUUAUUGAUUAUCCACCGCAUCCCGAAUGUGUUGGUUGUAAAUUUGAAAUAAAAAGUGAAAAUCCAAAUAUGUAUCGUCUUCAUGCACAUGUAGUUAAUUCAAUGAAUUGUUGUUUGGAAUAUGAUCCAGAAAAUAAUCAAUGGAAAUCUUCUCCACUUAUGACAACAUUGAUGAUGGGUCCACCAGAAGCUAUGGAAAAAGAACAGUUAGUUAGCAAUUUAAUAUCCAAUAUUAAAGGUUUGGAGGUUCAAGAUCAACAACACUUAGUCAUCCGAACAAAUAAUGGUAAAGAAGCUCGAUUAGAACGUUAUACAGUUCCACCACCAGGACCAGUUACACAAAACAUAUUUAAUUAA